AUGGCUUUUCAGGAUGGGAACAAAUACCAGGGUAUCCAAAGCAAAAGAAUGAGGAUGCGUAAUAAGAAAAAGGUAGGCCGCCUGCUUCUUUACUGUGACUAUUUGCAAUCUAACGUUUCAAAGCAAAAGAAAGCCCAAAGGGAGACCGACCUUCCCCUGAAUCAUUCGCAGAAUGCUCCAGGAUGGGAAAAGGGAAAUCACUUUAAGGCCAAUGAGGGCAAAAGUGGACUAUACUUUCAAGGCAGCCACGAGACUGGCAUUGAAAACACUGACAGCUGUUAUUGGAAUUCUGGAAUUGUUGGCUACAAUAUCCAUGACGGAGUUGGGGAUGCCUGCGCUUUUCCAGAUACAUCUUGGUGCACAGCCAGUCAAGAGCACUACGCGUACUAUCCAAUUGAUCCUUGGUAUGGAUAUUGGCCGUACGGCCCAUACGCCUCCAUGACCCACGACUAUGAGUUCAAUGCUGCGGCUACCGCUCCUGAGUCAUUCCAACUCCGUGCAGAGGCACCAGAAUUUAUCCCUACCGGACAAUCCUUUUCCUCCAAUGAUGGCGAGACUGAAGGUCCCGUCCGAUCGGACAGUGUUCCCAUGACCGAGGAAAUGGCGGAAGCGCGGAUCCACAAACGUUAUGUUACGAUUUGA